GAAGAUCCUUGGCUGCUAACGACGAAAUUUGAGGUGGUGGCAAAAGGAAGUGAAAGGAGGAGGCUUUGAAAGUAUGGAAACAUCAAGCAUGGAGAGGUCUGGUAAGAUGGACAGGGGUGGAGAGACAUCAAAGGGUGGUUAUAGUGAUUCAGGGUAUUUGGAUGGUUGUGAAAGGUCAAGUCACAGGGCACCGGCAACAGAGAGUGGGCAUAUGUCGGUCGAACAUAUGGUUAGUGAAAGUAGUGAUGAUAAUGGUGUUGACAUUAUUGCACCGAGGAAAGAAGAUGUUAUGGGGAAAGAGUUUAAAACGAUAAAAUUAGCGGAAGAAUAUUAUAUGAGUUAUGCGAAGGGCAUUGGAUUUAGCGGGAGAAAAAACAAAUUGGUUCGAAAUUCGGAAGGGAAGGUGUUGUUCUAAAGAAGGUUUGAGAAAUGAGAAGUUUAAUGAUCGAUCAAAUAGGAUGGUAGAUAUUUUAAUAAGCAUAGUUUUGUUUGUCUUUGCGCUAUACAUUAAUCAGCGUAGCGUUGUUAAGCUUUGUUCAGUUUGCACACAGGGGAUCAGUAUUUGCAUUGAACACAUGCAAUUGCAUGACGAUGAUGCAAUGCAAGUCCUUCUGUGCGCAAACCCCUAAUUGUUCAGAAAAAUGAAUCUUAUUCUUUUGUACAGGCAUAAUUACACCUGUUUUUUAAACUAUAAAUCGAAGGUCAAAAUUAACCGAAAUACAGAGCAUGAGAAACGAUAAGGGGCAAUAAGCCGAACAUAUUAUAUUACAAAGCGACCAAUUAUCGAAAUUACGUUGUAAUACACAUUGUCAUGUAGCACAUUUGACUUGAGGGUAGAUCCCGAAUUGUGUAAAACACAAUGUCAUUAACCCUAAUAUUGAAUAAUAGACAUAGGGUCAACUAAGUGUUUGCUUGGUUUUGUUUGUCUUUGCGCUAUACAUUAAUCAGCAUAACGUUGUUAAGCUUUGUUCAGUUUGCACACAGGGGGUCGGUAUUUGCAUUGAACACAUGCAAUUGCAUGACGAUGAUGCAAUGCAAGUCCUUCUGUGCGCAAACCCCUAAUUGUUCAGAAAAAUGAAUCUUAUUCUUUUGUACAGGCAUAAUUACACCUGUUUUUUAAACUAUAAAUCGAAGGUCGAAAUUAACCGAAAUACAGAGCAUGAGAAACGAUAAGGGGCAAUAAGCCGAACAUAUUAUAUUACAA